AUGCUGGGCCCUAACUCUACUGCAUUCACCAAUCCCAGCACCUUCAUCCUCAUGGGCAUACCUGGUCUGGAAGACUUGCACAUUUGGAUAUCCAUCCCUUUCUGCUCAAUGUAUGUUAUUGCUCUCAUGGGAAACAUGCUCAUCCUUUUCAUCAUCAAAACUGAGACUGCUCUCCAUGAACCCAUGUUCUAUUUUCUUUCCAUGUUGGCCAUCACAGAUCUCAUCUUGUCAACCUCUACUCUUCCCAAGAUGCUGGGUAUCUUCUGGUUCAAUUAUCAUGAGAUUGACUUCCAUGCCUGUCUCACUCAGAUGUUUUUCAUUCAUGCUUUCUCUGGAGUGGAGUCAGGGCUCCUUUUAGCCAUGGCAUUGGACCGCUAUGUGGCGAUCUGCAACCCUCUAAGACAUUCAUCCAUUCUCACAAAUUCUGCUGUUGCUCAGGUUGGAACAGUGGUACUUCUACGUGGGUUAGUACUAAUGACACCACAUCCCUUCCUGGUAGGGAGGUGGCCAUAUUGCAGGACAAAUGUGGUUCCCCACACAUACUGUGAGCAUAUGGCUGUGGUAAAAUUGGCAUGUGCAGACAUUUCUGUCAAUAGUCUUUAUAGCUUGGCAGUAAUUAUCUUAAUUGUUGGGACUGAUGUGACAUGCAUCUCUCUGUCCUAUGUACAGAUACUCCGUACUGUGUUCAGUCUUCCUUCUAAAGAUGCCAGGUUAAAGACACUCAGCACUUGUGGGUCCCAUGUUUGUGUCAUCCUCACCUUCUACAUCCCUGCUCUUUUCUCCUUCCUCACUCACCGUUUUAGUAAGCAUAUACCACGCCACAUCCACAUCCUUCUGGCCAAUAUGUACUUACUGGUGCCUCCUAUGCUGAAUCCAAUUAUCUAUGGAGUAAAAACCAAACAAAUUCGAGAAUGUGUUCUAAAAUUUUUCAUGGUUCAUAUUAACUGA